CCCCAGGCCGAUAUCUGGUCUCGUCUAACUCUCACGCAUAUCCUUCCUUCUUCCAAGUACCGGGCCGGCUAGUUGAGGAGGAAAGAUCGAUAGACCUGGUACUACUUGAAUAUACACAUUAAUGGCGGCGGCGAGUAGGAGCGCGCCGGAGUGGUGGCGAGAUGGGGGAAGCGUCGACGACGGGGGAGCGGAGGUCGAACUGAGCCUACGGCUUCGGACCGGGAGCAGCAGCACGGCGAGGAGGAGCAUGACCAUAUUCUACAAUGGCCGGGUGGUCGCCGUCGACGUCACCGAGCUCCAGGCAAGGGAAAUCAUAACCAUGGCGAGCCAACAAAUUCUGACCGAGCAGCAGGACAGCGGCGGCGGCGGCGGCGGCACUGCAGUGGCACAGUACGGAGCUCAUGAGAAUCCAAGCCAGCCGGCGCCGCAACGUUGGGCUCCAUUGCUGGCUUCACGUUCGCUUCGUCAGGGAGCAGGGGCUGCUGCGCCGGUCACCAGCCAAGCGGCCGCCGCGGGGCUGUCGAUGAAGCGGUCGUUGCAGCGGUUUCUGCAGAAGCGGAAGACAAGGGUCGCAGCCAUGGGUUCGCCGUACGCCGGCGGCCGGCGGGCGAUGCCUUCCUAGCACUAGGCCGGUGGUUAAAAACACUUACUACGUACUAGCUAGCAUCUGGUUAUUUUUGUUCUUGAAACUUGUAUUUUCAAGCAUGAGAUUGGAGUGUUCAAAUGAAGUUUCAUUUGUUCGAGUGUUC